AUGUUAAAUUCCUAUUUGUUGCGCAGUCUGUCAGUUUUACUAUCCACGCCGCUGAAGUAUGACCUGAAAAGGUCAUUGUCUGAAAUUAAAAAGGCAUUCGAAAUUUGUAAACAACAGGAAAAAAACAUAGGAUUCGUCGAAUAUUCCUAUAUUCCUAGAAAACGCUGCCGUGUAACAUAUUUAAAGUCAAGAUUCAAGCACAGAAAAGCAAUCCGACACUACGUAUUCGAACAGUAUAAUUACAACAUCACAGUCUUGAACCCAGUACACAUCGAUGUACUGAUAUCAUCAAUCUUAGGAAGCCUUAGCCCUUCAGUCCACGCACGCUGUACAUUUAGCUGGAAUUAUCCUCAGAAAACAAAUAAUUUACAACUACCAUACACUAACUCGCAAAUUUCCAAAUAUAAUAUUCACACAAAACCAUUGACAACAGAAGAAUAUAAGAUAGAAACUAGUGUUAUUAAUCGUAUAUUAAACAGUAAUAAAGUUGAUAAAGAUAAUUUGUCCAAGAUAAAUAAUCAAAUAAUUGCAUUUAUUCUUAAAUUUAGCAGGGAUGUUAAACUAACAGAGCCACAGCUUGGUUUGAAGAAAAAGUUAAACGAGUUGAGUAGUAUCCUUAACAGUAGUGUUAGAGAGAAACAAUUAUUUUUAUUCAAUAAACCGAAAGAAGUUAACGCAAGAGGACUUUAUAUAUAUGGAGGAGUGGGUCAAGGAAAAACAAUGCUAAUGGAUUCGUUUUAUGAAACACUGAAAGUAUCGAAAAAAAGGAUCCAUUUCCAUGAAUUCAUGAUUCAAAUACAAAAGAACCUGCACGAUAUCAAAACCAAAAUAAAUCCCACAACCAAAACCAAUCUCAUUAACUUGGUUUGCGAUGAAAUUGUAAACAAAUACAAGUUACUCUGCUUGGAUGAGUUCCACGUUACACACAUCUCAGAUGCCAUGAUUCUUAAAGAACUAUUCACAACACUAUUCAACAAGGGGUUGGUGCUGGUGUGUACAAGUAAUAGAGCGCCAGAGGAGUUGUAUAAAAAUGGACUCAACCGUGAUAGGUUCCUGCCCUUCAUACCAAUAUUGUACAAAUUCUGUGACGUUUAUCACCUGGACACGGAAAAUUUCAGACAGAAAAUGCCAAACAAUUGUACAAAUAAAGAAGAAAAUGAAUCCCAUUACCUCGACAGCGUCAUUUAUGUGAAUAAGGAUAUGGAUUUUUUUACGAACCUGUACUCAAAUGAUUUGAAAAUAGAUAAACGUGAUAUAAAAGAAAGAUGGAUACAAGUCACACCACUGAGAAAAGUUAGGAUUCCACUAUCGCACGAAAAGGUCGCAUUCCUAACUUUUUCAGACCUCUUUCCCAACAACUCGUUUAUCGGAACAGACUCCCUAAUUAAGAUUGGUGAAGAGUUUCGCACGUUCUUUCUGACAGAUAUACCAGAGUUCGAUGCCAAUCUCCGCUACAAUAACAAACUGAAAAUAUUUAUCCAGUUCAUCGAUAUAUUGUACGAAAAAAUACCUAUGGUAUAUAAUAGACUGUGUGUAUGUAAUAAUAAAUUAUUAUUUAGAAACUUAAAGUUGGUUUUAUCCACCAGUAAACCGUUGAUUUAUAUAUUCGGGUCAUACGGAAUCAUAAAGCUGUUCGACGAGUUUUAUAAUAAAAUCAAGUCAAAAGUGAUUGAGAAAGAAGCUUUUGAAAUUAAUGACUUCAUAAACUUGACAAACACACUUGGUAUUGAUAAAAGAAAUUCUGAAAAAUUAUUCGAUUCUUUGCUAAACCCUGAUGAAAAGGUGUUAACCACUAAAAGAUUGUUGAGUAUUAUUGACACACAUGAACAAUUAACCAAGGGAUUGCAGCCCAAAAACUUCAUAUUAUACAAACUUGAUACGUAUGACGACGAUGCAGACGAGGAGGAAUUUCAGUGCUCAAGGACGCUUUCAAGACUGUUCCACAUGUCAACAAAGGAUUACUUAAUGAAAUGUUAA